AUGAGAAUAAAAUUCUUAAAAGACGGCGUCAGCGUAGAAAGAGUGGAGAUCAAUUUAAAGAGUUGCAUGGAUUUCAGAUGUAAUAAUCCCAACGAAACUCGUCACGUCAAGGAACAAGUUGCUUCUUUGCUUGUUCCACGUCAAGAAAUCAAAUACACUCAAGCUACAUCUCAAAAUUACGAAGGCGAAUGUUUGCAUACGAUCAAUCUAUUCAUACCACGAACUGUGCAACCGACCUAUUCUGGAAGAUUCAUCUCCAUAACACAUCAAUUGGUCAUUAAGUUUUGUUUAUGGGGUGCUGAUGAUGAUUUCCAAAUUGAAGAGGGUGUUAGGGUGGCAAAUAUACUCGAGAAAAGUGGUUAUACGGCUCCUGACUUAUCAGCUGAGCUGUUGGACGCUUCUCCGUCCCCAACAUCCGCUUCUCUCCCAGUUACUACUGUACAGUCCUCUUCAUCAUCCUCUUCAUCUUCUAUAUCUAUUAAAAAUAGUGUUAGCAGUAAUGCUUUAGAAUAUCAACAACAAUUAUUAUUACAACAACAACAGCCUCAUUAUAAUCAAUAUUCUCAUUUUCAACAUUUACAACCCAAAUUUGGAGUAUAG